AUGGCUGCCAUCAAAGCCCUGGAGCAGUGGUGUAAAAUGCAGUGUGAAGGCUACCGAGAUGUGGCCAUCACUAACAUGACGACCUCAUUCAGGAACGGACUGGCUUUUUGUGCGCUUAUACACAAGUACAGACCGGACUUGAUAGACUAUGACUCACUCAGAAAGGAGGAUGUGUUCGAGAACAACAGACUGGCUUUUCAGGUCGCGGAAGAGAAGUUGGGGAUACCGGCUUUGUUGGAUGCAGAAGACAUGGUGGCUUUAAGGAUCCCAGACAGGCUGAGCAUUCUCACCUACGUCUCCCAGUACUACAACUACUUCAAGGGGCGGCCUCCGAUGGGAGGUGUAAAAAGGCCAGCAGAGGGCUCCAAGGAGGAGCCAUCAGAGAAGAAAAAUCUCCCAGUGGUUGCCAAGACCUUUGUGUCUAAAACCGCCAUCGAGAACCGUCUACCUUCCACUCUCAAGAAGGCGGUUUUGGCAGAAAAUGCCAACAAAAGCGGGACUCUCAAUAGCAAAUGUGUUGCAUGCAAGAGCCACGUUCAUCUGGUUCAGAGGCACCUUGUGGACGGGAAGCUCUAUCACAGAAGCUGUUUCAAAUGCAGCGAAUGCUCCAGCGUGCUUCAUGCGGGAGGCUACAAACCUGGGAAGAGUCCAGACACUUUUAUCUGUAACGCCCACCAGAACAGUUGUAAACCAUCUUCCUCCGAGGCUGGGAUCAAAAACGGACCCGCCAGUUCAGCUGUACGAAUAAAUGGUGCCAGCCAGACCCAGCCUGCACCCCGCCCCUCUUCCGUGCUGUCAGCCCCGCUGAAUGUUGUUCUGAAGCCAGUCAAUCCUCCUUCACCUUCCCAGUCCUGGACGGUCUCAGCCCAGAAGACUCAGGCAGCCCGGCAGAGGUUUUUCCAGACUGCCAAGCCAGUCACAGAGGCCGCAGCAGACAACAGGCAGCCCACAGAGCCCUCGAGUGUUUUAGGAAGGGCAAAGGCCCCACUGAGUCCUAAUGAUGAGAAGAACAGAGCCAGGACUACAAUUGGAAAGAAACUAGCAGAAGAAAACCGCAACAAUAACAACAAACGCCCGUUCACCAUCCGCUCAGCAGAAAGACGAUUUGGAGAUGAGCCAAGUUCAGCUGACAGCCCCGGUCUCAGAAAGGAUAAAUGCAGCCAAGGCCCAGCAGGAAACUGGGCAAGACAGCCUUCAACCAGCCAGACAAACAAUAAGGAAUUGCCAUGUCUGAAGGCCGUCAACAUAGACAACACAAGGCCAACAACUGUACACACAACAGCCAAAGAUCCAGUCUGCCUAGAGGGACAGUCAAAGCUCAGAGCUGCGAGAACCGAGCUAGGUCUGAAAGAUGCUGAAGCUGAAGCCUCCACUGAGCAACAUAAGCCUCGAUUCAUGUCCUCAAAUGCCUCCGUCAUUACAACAAGGCCUCCGUCGUCCCCACCACCUGCAGCACCUCCAGUCAGCGUUGCUCUGUUUGAUCCCACGCAUUUUGUGGAUGUCUCUCCGCAGAAACCUCUGCCUGCCUCUGGAAACCUCGGUUUUAAACAUGGGAGUCGCUCGCCUGUGAAAUCCCCACCCAGACGACCAGCUGUGGAAUCUAUUAGCUUCUCAACCACUGCUCCAGCCAAUCACGGAAAUCCGCCAGGCGCUAAAAAGGGAAAGUAUUUGUCACCCACCAACGCCUCCAGGACUGAAAUGAGGUCACCCUCUGUGAAGUCUUAUCACAUCCCGGUGGAGCAGAUUGAGACGGAGCUGAAUGAUAUUGAGACAAACUUGGCUCAGUUGGAGAAGGAGGGUGUGGAGCUGGAAAAGAAGCUGCGCAGCUGUGAAGAAGAGGGAGAGGGAGACGUACUGAUGGACCCACUGAUGGUCGACUGGUUCAACCUGAUUCGAAGGAAGCAGAUGUACAUUAGGAAGGAGUCGGAGCUUGUGUACACAGCCAGGACUCAGGAGCUGGAGCAGCAGCAGCCAGGUGUGGAGGGGGAACUUCGCAGGCUGCUGGAGAAGCCAGAUCAUUUAAAGUCCAGAGAGGAGCAACAGCGGGAGACGUUUUUGAUGCACAGGCUGAUGGAGAUUGUGGACGGCAGAAAUGCGAUUGUGGAGGGUCUGGAUGAAGACAGGCUGAGGGAAGUGGAGGAGGAUCAGCAGCUGAAUGAAAUGAUGAAAAACCUUGGAGUAAAGAAAGCCAAAAAUAAGAGGAAAUCCUCCAUCUCGAAACUGUUCAGACGAAGAAGUAAAAGACGAGUGGAAUGAUGGAUUUUUUUUUUCUACUAAACUUUGUUAUUUUAUUAAUGUAUUAAUAUUCCUUAUAUUAAAUUCUAAGCUUUUUAUAUUUAAAUGCUGCAGUAGAUGGUGUGCUAAUGAGAAGGCAAAGGAAAAGGUGUCGAAUGAGGAAGCAUAAUGUUUUUAAUUCAAAUUAGAUGUUCAUCUGAAAUUUUGGUUCAAGAUUCACCUUCAGUUCUUAGUUUGGUGGUAUUUAAGUGGGGUGAGAAAUUUCUCUGUAGGUUAUGACUCAGUCUUUACUUUUUUUCACA